CGGGCACGCCCUCUGGGCUAUCUACAGAGAGAGAAGAUCUUCACAUGGUUCCAUGUAGGUGGGCUCCACGGCAAAAGUCAGGCCUUCCUUGAAUCAGCAGUUCCAGUUAUGAUGCUCUAAGUUACGACAAGUCUGAACGUUUGUGUCUAUGGAUCUGCUCUGACUCUUAUUGCCGCUUAUGGGGGAAGGUGACACCAUCUGGGCCCCAUCUGUCCUUCCUCACUGCACCCUUGGCACCUUAAGCCACCACCCCCAGCUGCAUUUUUGGAGAAAGAUGGAGUCCAAGGUCUCAGAAGGUGGCCUGAACGUGACCCUGACAAUCCGCCUGCUGAUGCAUGGAAAGGAAGUUGGAAGCAUCAUCGGGAAGAAAGGAGAAACUGUGAAAAAGAUGCGUGAAGAGAGUGGUGCUCGGAUCAAUAUCUCGGAGGGAAACUGCCCAGAAAGAAUUGUGACCAUCACGGGCCCUACUGAUGCCAUCUUCAAGGCCUUUGCUAUGAUCGCCUACAAGUUUGAGGAGGACAUCAUCAACUCCAUGAGCAACAGCCCUGCCACCAGCAAGCCCCCAGUGACGCUGAGGUUGGUGGUCCCCGCCAGCCAGUGUGGCUCCCUGAUUGGCAAAGGCGGCUCCAAGAUCAAGGAGAUCAGGGAGUCCACAGGUGCCCAGGUCCAGGUGGCCGGCGACAUGCUGCCCAACUCCACGGAGCGGGCAGUGACCAUCUCAGGGACUCCUGACGCCAUCAUCCAGUGUGUCAAGCAGAUCUGUGUGGUCAUGCUGGAGUCCCCACCGAAAGGUGCCACCAUUCCCUACCGCCCAAAGCCCGCCUCCACCCCUGUCAUUUUUGCAGGUGGUCAGGCCUACACGAUCCAGGGACAGUAUGCCAUCCCGCACCCAGAUCAGUUGACCAAGCUCCACCAGUUGGCCAUGCAGCAAACCCCCUUUCCUCCCCUCGGACAGACCAACCCCGCUUUCCCCGGAGAAAAGCUGCCUUUACACUCCUCCGAAGAAGCUCAAAAUCUGAUGGGCCCGUCGUCAGGUCUGGAUGCCAGCCCCCCAGCCAGCACUCAUGAGCUCACCAUUCCCAAUGAUCUAAUAGGCUGUAUAAUUGGACGCCAAGGGACCAAAAUUAAUGAAAUUCGACAGAUGUCUGGAGCUCAGAUCAAAAUCGCCAAUGCCACAGAAGGGUCAUCAGAGCGCCAGAUCACCAUCACGGGGACCCCAGCCAACAUCAGCCUUGCCCAGUACCUCAUCAAUGCCAGGCUGACAUCUGAGGUCACUGGGAUGGGCGCGCUCUAAUCCUGCCCAGCAUCCUCCACACUGCGAACCCUGGCGUCCACCUGGCUCGCACGCUCUGUACAGACAGCCCGCCCUUCGUCACAAAUACAAAUAGAGAUUUUCUUUACUAACAAAAUGGUCUAUGCCAUAGAGGUACACAUGCCGACAAAGCGAGUAUAUCUACAGCUGUCUCUGAGCUCCAGGCCUGUCCCUGACUCUGCGCAUUCAGUAACUUCUGCUCCAAUCCACUCACGCGUCCGCAUGCAGUGCUUACUCUGUUCAAUGCUUGGGGACGUUCCCAUCUGUGACAUUUUAGAAAUGUUGUUCCUUAGUGUCAGUGUAACUGUUUUAAGAGUUGGUUUAAUAUUUUGACAGCACUUCCUAUCAGCCAUCCUCUCCUCAACCAUGUAGACCUGUGGCUGCCCUCUCUCACCUGGCCCACCUGCUGACUUUGUUUCCCCUCGCAUCCUUGCUUGUCUUGGCCCAUGUGUCCAUGCAGGUCUUGUGCUGGGGCAGGCUGCGCCCUUCCCCUUGUGCAGAGGGGAGAAAAAGCAGGUGCCAGGUUCUGACCUGAGAAGUGGGGUGUAGGGGGUGGUAGGCCCUGACUUCACAGAGAUGUCGUGUGGAGGGCCACACAUGGGCCCUGGGCGGCUUCCGGGGUGGCUGGAGGGUGCGGACUCGCCAGGAAGCGCCUCUGCACCAUGUCGGAGUUCAAUAAAUGUCGUGGGCUGCCCC